AUGCGUGACUGGUGCUUCGACCUGCAAACAGCAGAGGAAAAAUACAGAGGCCUAGUGCCAGUCGCUCCUGGAGCUUCGCCGUAUCCGUCUCCUGUUAGGGUUUCGUCCCUCGCGCCUAUCGGUAAUUCGCCCUCCUCCCCUCCCCCUCCUCCCGGCAUCGGGGCAGCUUCACCCGCGCCCCUGCCCCGCGUGCCGUCUCAGCAAUGGUCCACGGCUGCUGCUACAGCCGACGUUCCAACCGACGCUACGACCGCCGCUACAUCCGACGUUACAGCCGACGCGACGGCGCCUGCUGCAGCUGUAGCAGCCGCAGAACCUCCAGUGUUUGGUCAAGAGUCUCACACGCACCGCCUUCUUCCGUCAGCGGCUUACGGUGUUCUUUCAGUCGCAGCGCCGGGUCCUGGCGACGCCAUGGCGACGAAUUCCGUCGCAAUCCCGUCGCUCAGCCUCCCUCACGCGGCGCUACCUCCUGUUCCGCCGUCGUCGUAUGUGCAAAUGGGAGACGGGGGCAGGAGAGCCCCCGCUGCAGCCAGCGCAGACGCGGGCGGAGCAGUUGGCGCAAAUUGGUCCGGAGAUGCCGGCAGGCGCAGUUCCCCCCGCUCCCCUGCCCACAUGCGCAGUCCCCUCCGCUCCCCCAAACCUCUCCGCGGUUCAGGUCUGCAUGUCGCCGCUGCUGAUGCCGGCGCCGCUGCAGCUACCGCAUGCGCCCCUCGCGCCGGCUAUGCAGCCGGUUAUGUCGCCGGUUAUGCAGCCGGUCAUGUCGCCGGUUAUGCGGCCGGUUAUGUCGCCGGUUCUGCGGCCGGUUAUGCCGGUGAUGCACCCGAACCUCGUGAGCACGCUCAAAUGCGCCUCUCCGCGUCUCUGCCGUCCCUCCCCCUCGUCCCAGAAACAUCAGUGCCUCCGGAUCCCGGCUUCGCGGAACGUUCCCCGCCCACUGCCUCCCCUGCUUCGUCCCCCACUGCUGCUCUCCCCCGUUUGCCCCCGCUUUAUCGCUCCGCCGCUUCCGCCUCCCCGCGAGGGCCCUGCGCCCGCGCGCCUUCCCGCUCGUCCCCAGCGCCUCCGCUGGGGUCUCCGCCCUCAACACCUUCCGCCCAUCCUUCGCGCGCUAUCCCAUUCACCCCCGCAUGCCCGCUUGCGCCUGCAUCCGCGCCAUCAACUCCCUCCGCGCAAUUCGCUUCCGCCCCACCUCUCCACCCCGCGUGCCUGUCCGCGCCUGCGCUUCUGGCUUCCGCGCCUGCCCUCCCCCCACCCUUCCCCACGCCAGUAGCGGCGGACGGCUCGUCCGCCCUCCGCUCUGCUGCUUCCGCGGGCUCCCUUCCCCAGCCCGUCACACUGCCGCCCAGCAGUGUGCCGCCCAACAGCCAUUCAGGGGACACCUUGGCGCCCAAAGACUUGCCGCCCAGCAGCAUUCCAGACAGUACCAUUUGUCCCAACAGGCCAGAGAACAGAGAGGCCCCUGUCACCUUUCCCCACCCCUCCCCGCCCCCUCACGCCGCCACUCUGCUAGACUCUCUUAUUCUACCUGACCCCCCUGAGCCUGUUUCCAUCCCUGAGCCGCCUAUCACACAGGACCUUCCCCUUUUGCCUCCACCUCUGCCCGAUGCCACCCUCAUUGAUCCUCCCACUUUGCUAGAUCCCCCUACCCUGCUUGACCCUCCCUCUCUGCAAGAGUCUUCGACUCUGCCGGUGCCGUCACCUCUCACUGACGUUGCUGCUGUCGACCUGCCUCCCUUGGACCUGCCUCUGGCGCCCACUCUGCCGCCUGUGCUGCCGUCUGCGUUGCCGCCCGUGCAGCCACCAUCUGGGAAAACGGCUGAGCAGGUGCUAGAUAUUCCAGAAAUUGAUACUGUUGUAGCAGAUUCGGCUGUAGCAGACUCGGUUGUAGCGGAUGCGACUGUAGCGGAUGAAGGGGCUGUGGCGGAGGUGGUGGUGACUGAUGGGGUUGUAGUGAAUUCGAUGUUUCCCCCAGCACGAGUCGCAGACGCUGGCGUGUCAGGCGCGUUAAAUGACUUAGGCAUGUCAGGCGCAUCAUCUUUCCUUCCAGCAGCAGCAGGGUCUCACUCUAGAGUGGCUGUGGUACAAGGAACAGGCCCUAGAGUGACUUCGGAAGCAGCAGAUCUGGGCACUGCCAAUGGCGUUCCAGCAUGUAUCCCUACCACCAUUGCGAAUGGCAAAGGAGCGCAUAUUUCCAGUGCCGCUGCUGAUAGCAAACCAGCAGCGCAUACCGUUACUGCCAGACAAGCAGAUAUCAGCACUGCUAAUGCCAAGUCCGCGCACACCCCUACCGCCAGGCAAGCAGAGAUUGUCUCCCUCGAUCUUAUCCACAACCGCCGCCCGUUCCUCUGCCACGUCAGCGACUGCGGGAAAACUUUCAAGAACUGGCAGACCUUGAAGAUGCAUCUGAGAACGCACGAUCUUCCCGACUCGGUGUUCCAGGCAGCGUGUGAGGAUGCUCUGGGGCCGCGGCACGGGGGCAGCAAGGCCGGGCAGAAUAAAAAGAUUCCUUCGCGCUGCCCGGAGUGCGGGAAGACGUUUGUGGGGCUGUAUGAGCUGAGGCGGCACUUUGGAAGGAAGCACCAGCAGGGGGAGAAGCCGUUUGCGUGCGGCAAGUGCAACAAACGGUUUUUCGUUGAGGCGGAUUUGAGGGACCACGGGAAGAUGUGUGGGCAGAUGCUGGUGUGUCGCUGCGGCAUGCAGUUUGCUUUCAAGUGCAACCUCGCGUAUCGGAGCAGAGUGCAGGUGCUGGUGGUUCUUCUGUGGCGGCUGCCUCUGCUAGACGCGGCGCUGUGA